AACGGACUUCAUACCACUACAACGCACCCCCAAGCAGCAAUGUCCUUGAAAACUGCACCCUACGGUACCUGGCAAUCCCCAAUAUCGGCAGAAUCGCUGUUUGUACAGUCUAUCUCGUUCGACAAUGUGCUCGUUGAUGAAGUUACCGGCAAGAUAUACCUCAUCGAGAGUCGACCGUCCGAGGAUGGUCGCAGUGUCGUCGUAGACACGGCUACCGGAACCGACCUCGUUGGUCCCGGAUGGAAUGUCCGCACCGGCGUUCAGGAAUACGGCGGAGGCCCUGCCAUCGUCUAUAAUGGGAUCCUCUACUUCUCGCACUUCGUUGAUAAUCGAGUAUAUGCGGUCAAGUCAGGCGAAGAGCCUAAGGCGAUCACACCAGACAACAAGAACCACCGCUUUGCGGAUUUCGACGUCUACCCUUCCCUGAAUGGUUCUCCCAUCCUCGUCGCCAUCCUCGAAGAUCAUACCAAGCCUGCCCCUGCGGACGUUGUGACGUCUUUGGUUAUCAUCGACGUUGAUACAUCCACCGUCUCUCAACUCGUCUCCGGCAUCGACUUCUACUCCAGCCCGCGCUUCUCCCCCGACGGUACCCGUCUGGCAUGGCAGCAGUGGUCCCACCCUGACAUGCCUUGGGAAGGCUCCGAAAUCUUUGUUGCCGACGUACACAUUCAGUCUGGCUCGGCUUCGCCAGUAACCCUUGACACGCCGAUACACGUCGCUGGCAAGAAAGGCGAGAUCAGCGCGGCCUAUCCCACCUGGACGAAGCACAACACCCUCUUCUUCACCAGCGACGAGGGCCGCCUACGUUUCCAAAAUCCUUGGGCGUACGCGUCCGGGACUGCCAAAGCGCUACUCAAGGAGCCUCUCGAUCAGGACUUCGGCCAGCCGCAGUGGUUCUUGGGCUGGCAGUUUGGCGCUGCGCUGGACGACGCCGGCAAGUUUUUCCUGUUCUCCGCGAGCAAAGAGGGACGGGACGUGCUUCAGCUCGUCGACGCCUCCACGGGGACCUCGAAGGAGAUCGACGGCCCGUAUGCCGAAGUCGUCUCGCUUCGCCGUGCGGGGACCAACAAAGUGGCGGUAGUGGGCCAGAGCAUCAACGCGCCGACGUUCCUUGGCUUGGUCACGUUCGACGAGGGGCUCAACCCGUCAUUCGUUACGAUUAGGUCCACCUCCUCGGGCGAAGAAUUGUCCGAGGGUCUGCUUGCGAAACCGCAACCUAUCACGCUGAAUAUCCCUGGAAAUGAGCUAUGCCACGUCAUUUACUACGCGCCGACGAACCCCGAUUACUCCGGGACGAGUAUCGAGGGCGAGAAGCCGCCGUGUGUGGUCGGCGUUCACGGCGGACCGACUUUCAGGACUGGACAGGGAUUGGACAAGGCGAAGCAGUUUUGGACUAGCCGUGGCUGGGGAUGGCUGGACGUCAACUAUGGUGGCUCAUCUGGCUACGGUCGUGACUAUAUUGAUCGUUUGAAGGGCCAAUGGGGGGUCGUCGACGUCGCAGAUUGUGUGGUCGCCGUACAGUUGUUGUCCCUUGCGCCAUACUCCUUGAUCGAUCCUCGGCGCCUUGCCAUCCGUGGCGGUUCUGCCGGCGGAUACACCGUUUUGCAAGCGCUCACGCACCCUGAUCCGGAGUGGGCGAAGGUAUGGGCGGCGGGCACGAGCAUGUACGGCAUCUCAGACCUCAGGGGUUUGGUGUCGGACACGCACAAGUUCGAGAGCCAGUACAUGUACAAGUUGAUGGGCGGCACGUUGGAAGAGAUACCUGAAGUGUACGAGGAGCGUUCGCCAGUCGAACAUGCGGACCGGAUUGUGGCCCCGCUUCUGAUCCUUCAAGGACUCCUUGACGCCGUCGUGCCGCCAGCCCAGGCGAAUGUAAUCGUUCAGAGCAUUGAGGAUCGACACGGACAAGUUAAAUACGUCCCUUUCGAGGGCGAGGGACAUGGGUGGAGGAAGGCAGAGACAAAGGUGGCCGCGUUGAAUGAUGAACUUGCGUGGUACCAGGACGUGUUAGGGCUGAAGCAAAGCGAGUGAAGGUUGCGGAACGACAAGCUCACUGCUGACUGCGUACCGAAUCCAAACUUGCCGUGAUCGCACAAAGACGCAUGCUCAGAUUCCGAUGUCCCUUUGUUCUCGUUUCCACGAGUGUUCAUCUUCCGUAUGUGCUUGUACACGACUCUCUGAAGCAUUGAAGUAGAGCUUAUGUAUGGCAACGUUCGCGUGAGCC